CGUAUGAGAAAGCUGAGGCUCUGUAGACGGGAUAGGAGUCUGACCCGGUGCUCUAAACACGCAUGUUUUUCAUCCGUGUCCCGUUUUCAUGCAUUCGUAAGCGCCGCGCGUCGCGUUUUGGUUGUCUACUUUCUGUUGGUCAAGGAGGAGCCGAGAUUAGGAUCGACUCCUUUAGCCAUGUUAGCUGCAACAUGUAAUAAAAUUGGGAGUCCGAGCCCUUCACCGUCCACCAUUUCGGAUAAUUCGUCCUCGUUUGGGAAAGGCUUCCACCCGUGGAAAAGAGCCGCUGCGAGCAGCUGCAGCCUCGGGUCCGGCCUUUCCGGCUUCGGGGUGUCCCGCAAUGGAUCCGGCAUCUCGGACUCUUUCGGCACAAACACCUCUACCGGAUCCAGCGCCUUUUCCCUCACGUCUGGUGCCUCAUCCGGCUCACACUUUGGAAACGAUUAUUCGGUUUUCCAAGCGUCGGUUUCCGGCAGCUCUCAAGAAGCCAGCCACCAGCCGGUUUUCAUCUCGAAAGUGCACACCUCAGUGGACAGUUUGCAAGGCAUAUAUCCGAGAAUGAGCGUUGCGCAUCCCUACGAUUCCUGGUUCAAGUCGUCCCAUCCCGGGAUCCCCACGGGAGAGGUUGGGACCUCCGGAGCCUCGGCGUGGUGGGACGUGGGAGCGGGUUGGAUCGAUGUUCAGAACCCUAACGGAGCGGCACUACAGACGUCCUUGCAUUCCGGUGGACUCCAGAGCUCCUUGCACUCUCCUCUGGGCGGAUAUAAUUCCGAUUACUCGACUUUAAGUCACUCGGCUUUCAGUACAAGUCCAUCUCCGCACAUGUUGACAACCAGCCAGCACCUGAUGGACGGUUUCAAGCCGGUGUUGUCAUCUUACCCGGACACGAGCCCCUCUCCGUUAGCCGGGGCGGGGGGCACUAUGCUCUCCGGGGGUCCACCUGCAUCUUUAGCGGGGUCUCCGAGGUCAUCCGCGCGCCGGUACUCUGGCAGAGCCACGUGCGACUGUCCGAACUGCCAGGAGGCGGAGAGACUGGGACCGGCCGGCGCCAGCCUGCGGAGGAAAGGUCUCCACAGUUGUCACAUCCCCGGCUGCGGGAAGGUUUACGGGAAAACGUCGCACCUAAAGGCGCACCUGAGGUGGCACACCGGCGAGAGGCCGUUCGUGUGCAACUGGCUCUUUUGCGGCAAGAGGUUCACGCGCUCCGACGAGCUCCAGCGACAUUUACGCACGCACACCGGGGAGAAACGGUUCGCCUGUCCGGUAUGCAACAAGAGAUUUAUGCGCAGCGAUCACCUGAGCAAACACGUAAAGACUCACAGCGCCGGAGGAUCCGGAGGCUCUGGCUCCGGUGGCAGCGGAGGGAAGAGGGGUAGUGAUACCGACAGCGAGCACAGUGCGCCGGGAAGCCCCCCGUGCCAUUCCCCUGACCUGUUGCACCCACCUGAGUCCACCCAGGGGGUGGGCAUGAACGGCCUCUAAGACUACUCGGUGAAGUAAAAACUGUGUAAAACAAGUGUCGGGAUGGAGUUGUCCCAGGGGACACGGAAGUGGACAUACUUUGGUGUAUGCAAAAAGCUUCACAAUGAGAAAAUAGGCCUGUUCGAUUUCUUGACCUUUUUAAGACUACUAAUUACUUACAUAGCUGUUCCAUCAGAAACGUCUCAUUAAUAGACUACAUCUGCGGUGUGGAAGCAUAAUCGAGUUAUUGUGGGGACACUGGAACAGGGCACAACUGAAACUUUUUUUUUUGUAAUCCGAUAUUGAAUUCUACCUUUUUUGUUUUAUUUCCCAGCAUAAGAGGAGCAAAUUAUAUAAACACUGCUGUAAAAAAAAGGUCUGCUAAGUUGUUCUUCUUCUGUCAUACAUAUUAUUCAAAACCAAACCCUGGCACUUUAUUAUCGAGCAGCAAAACGUAUCAUCUGUGUCCCUGUGGAUGGACUGCUCGGUAGGAACAAAUACCUGUAGAGUGUGGUCAGAUACGGGAUGGAUAGUUUCGUUUUAUCCUGUCUGAUCAUAUCAAGCGUUUGAUAACGGAGGAGCAGCUGUAGGUUUAUAUCACAGAUUGCCAUUCAACAGCCUACAGUGCGCGCGCAGAGUUUGUAAGGAGACCAGUUGAGGCUGCUUCUACUUUGCUGCAAAAUGUGUUGUACAUAAUGAGAAAUGUAGUUUAGAAUAAUUACAGCCCGAUGUAAAGGUGAGUAAUGUAUUUGUCCGGGAGACGAUUUUGUAUAGGUAUUUCUAGUUGUAUAUGGACUCUAGUAAAUAUUUGAAAAUAUACGAAAAUGUACUUGGAUUUUUGUUUGACAUGAUAUGAAAUGUAUUGUGGGGAGUUAUAUUUAACCACGAGUUUUUCCUUGUAAUUAGGGGGUCUAUCAUUAGGCGCACUUUGAAUUUAUUUGUGAGGUUUUGAAAUCGUUUACUGUUUGCCCACUCAUUUAAUUUAAGUAAGCAUGUUGUAAAGUGAUUUUAAUUUUACAAUGAUAUUUUUUCCCCUCCGAGAAUGGCUUUUUAUGUGAGCCAAUCAAUAAAGUCAGUAUGAAUUCAGAAGCAGUGGAUUGACUCCGUUUCUUUGAGUGUUGAGUCGAUUAAAACGAUUGAAUGGCAGACGAGGAAGUUUAGAAAUGGUCAUAAUGAUUGGAAUGUACUAUUCUAUAUGAACAUAGUGUAAUUUUAAUGAAUU